UUCUUGAGGUGUUCAACGAGUCAAGGUACAGCAAUUGUUUUGGAUCGACAGUGCUGCGUUUGUGCAGCCUCUCCUGACUUCCCCUCUUUUCCCUUGGCACAGUCACCAUGCAAAGUGCUCAGCAUUCUAGCAUACCUUCUGCCACCUCGUCCUCUGGGAACCAAGACGCAAGUAGCCGCCGCAUCCCAGCAACUUCCCAUCAUGUUGCGAGCAAUGGCACACCCCACCCAGCAACAUAUCACCAGCGAUACUCUUCUGCCAACAACAAUCCUGGCCAAGCUACAAUUAUCAACGUGACCGAGGCCUCUCGUAUCACUCGCACCUCGCCUUUCCUUGCACAAGGUCCGAACAGAACCGCACCGUUGUCGAACCUCGUCCAAGCAGCACAACGUGCCGCUUCUGGGCCUCAGGGCGGCGAGGCAUUCGUCUACUAUGGCUCCUCCGCCGAUGUUUAUGCCUCUGCAGGAAUGGAUAUGAACAGGCCGGAGACAUCCAUGAGCAUGCUCAGCGGAAGCGAGUACCUCAAUGACGAAAGCAGCCACGGAGGGAGUAACCUGAACGCGAAGCGUGCAUCAGUCUUGUCCUUCCAGACGGCGCUCUCGGGUCACUACGUCGGCACCAGCUCGCGAAGCGCAUCGCGGGCGAGCCACGCAGAGACGCGCGAGUCGCUGUUCCAGGAUACACCUAAUGCCUCGCGACAAGGGGCUCGCGUUGCCUCCGGCCGAACAUAUGCGGGCGGCAGUUCAAGCGGAAACCUCACCAGCUCGGAAGAGGAAUUGCAGCUGCCAGGCGGCUGGAUGUCGUCUUCGUCCCGAAGGAUCUCUCCCGAGAUGCGCGACAAACCAUUGCCGGCUGAGCCGCCAGCAAGGGCUGCGGGUGCGGCGCAUCGGGACAAGAAUCUGCCCGAUUUGCGAAAGAAAGCGCAAGAUGUCGGGCUGCUGGCGCCCUUGCUCCCGGAGGGUCACACCAUCCAGAGCCGGCAGGACGAGACUGUGCAGAGUGGCGUAAACGAAGCUGCGAUGGAGACAGUCGUCAUGACCAACGCGGAAUCAAUGAGACAAUCAGAGCUGGCGCGCACGAGCUCGCUCAUGGAGGCGCUCAAACUGGAAAUCCCUGCAGAAGCUAUCACCCCGGGAGACUUGUUACCGACGUUGGAGCCGCUCGUGUCACCAGGCUCCAGGACCAUCGCGACAUCUGCAGCGCAGCCCAAGUUUCCAAAUGUGCUCCCCGGCGCUGAUGACGAUGCGCAGGGGAGCGCGCUGGAUCGGGAGAAAACUAUCACAAAUCGCAAAGGGCCUGCCGGCUCGAUCACAAAAGGCGUUGCUGCUGCGGCGCUUCCUUCCCUCACAUCCAUCAACAGCGCUGCGCCCUCUGCUUUGCCUCUCGUAGCAGCUCAGAUCCAAAGGCCUGAGCCUGAGCCCGCGCUAGAAGCAGCCUUGAUGCCGACAUCAGAUAGUAAUGCAACGCUGAUGGCGACGAAUUGGGCGACACCACCAGUGCCGGCUGCACUGCCAGUUCCACCAGUCAAGGACGAAAAGUCCGCUUCUCCCCAAUUAUCGCAGGUACCUCUUAUGACUUUGCCAAUGGUUCUUACGAACCCAGGGAGCUGCGGAACGGCAGAUCAAACGCAGAGCCUGCCUCCGCUGCAGACGAAUGUGUCUCAUCUGCCUGCGCAGCGUGGGCUAUCGCACGAUUCAGUCUUGUCUUCCGUCCCACCGGGCACAACCUCGAUACCCCUGAAGGCGGAAAGCUCCACGCCGAUCAUCCAACAUUCGCCCGUUGCCGACUUCCGCGCAACUCCAUUGGCUAACGUCGGCUCUGGCACGUUUUCUGACUCACCUGCAGAGAGCCCGAUGACGACCGCUGACGCGGCGGCCGCCCGCAAACCGCUGCUGAGAACCGGUCUGGUGCAGAACCAGGCUAUGCGCCGCGGCUCCUCAACCAACCUUCUGCUCGCAGCAGCAGUAGCGCAUGCGGACGAGCAGCAGCACAUGUUCGCUUCUACUUCCGCCUCGGCAGCGGCCUAUGCAUCUGUUGAGCCCGCCGUUGUGCGCGGGCAGGAGAACAGUCCGGCGCGUUCGCAAGACUCGGAGUCGCCAUCGCGCGAGCCGAGCCCCCCACCGGACGGCGAGAUCGAAGCUAGGGCAGAGUGGGAGCGGGCACGGAUGAAGAAAUCGAAAGGGCGCGACAGGUCGGGGUCCAAGUCUGCCAUCGGCACAUUGUCGCCGCAGGAGGUUCUUGCAAGGGGUGGCCAUUCACUGCGCGAUGGCACGCUGCGCUUUUCGAUGCAGUCCCCAAACGUGCUCGUCAAUGGCGCCAAUGACGCCCCGCCUGCGCCUCCGUCCAAGAAGGGCAACCAUCGGCAAACGCCAUCGAAUGGCUCCGGUCCUGUCACGACGCAGCAGCUGCAGAAGCUCCACGCGAAAGAGCAACGGCAUAGCGUCGGGCAUCUGAACAUGACAGCGGAAGGGUUCGGCCAUGAGCAGAAUGGCCCUUAUCCCGCGUUCCCCUCCUCAACGGUCUCCAUUUCCAAAGUGACGGCAACGGGCAAGCGACAGUACCCGGGUAUGAUGCCACAGCGAAGUCUCGUGCCGCCGUUUGAGCUACAACAGCGGCCGGAUGCGCUCCUGUCCGGCCUGAUAGGACCGGAUGGCGUCCGCAAGAGCCUUAAUGACCCAGAUGUCUGUCUGGAAUGCAUGAUGCGCGACGAGGACAUGAUUGACGUUACUGUUGUCGGCGAAGGGAUGUGGGAGCGCGAGAGUGACAAGGGUUUUGCCGACGCGAUCCACGCGGAGAAGGAUGAGGAGGUCAAGGUGGAGCUGGAGAAGAGUGCGUGUCUCGCUGCGGGCGAGGAGUGGCACCCGCCAGCAGUAGAGAGGCUCGUAGCGGGUGGCAAAUUCCGAGUGAAGCGGAUUGCGCAUGGAGACCCUUUGACGGCCGAGAGGUUGAAGCUGCACACGCAGAUGUCGAUUCCUGCUUCGUCGCAUCGAUGGCGCACUCUGCAAGCGUUCUUAGCUGUGCAAGCCAAAUACAUUGCAAUGGAGCAACGAACGCGAGGGGAGAGCAGAGCAGGUGGGCCUCUGCCUCCUGCCCCGGUUACAAAGACAGUCUCGCCGAACGAAUACGACAACUGCGUCAUCCGCGCGUCGCUUGACGCACGGGGUCGCCCCAAUUCAAGCGCUCCAUUGCGCCCGGGAGACAUUAUUCAAGAUGCCGAGUUAGACGAACAAGCCAGGCUUGAGAAGGAGCGAGACAUUGCCAACGCGCGGGCUGCACGUCGCAAGAUGGCCGCAUCUGCACCGAGCGGCGAGGCCGUUGCUCCCAAGGCUAUGACUGCUUCCAGUCUCCCUCCUGCGCCAGGUCCUCGAUCUAGCGCGCCCGUAGACGACCUCAGCAUGUCGCCCGCGAUGGACCUGAGUGCCGGUCACCAUAGCCUACCGAAGAGAAGUGGCAUACCCGCGCAGAAUCGGAGAGCGGGAAGUGCUCAAGAUCUGCGCUCGGUGCUCGGUGCGAUGGCCGUCUCCUCUCCAGUCGUGCCCGAUAGCCCUCACAGUUUGGCGCCGCCGGGCUCAAAACUCGGCGCGCGGGUGAGGGAGCCAAGCACUGUGCUCUCGCCCUCUCACUCUGGCUCGAUGAUUGACAUGCACCUUGGCUUCGAGGAUCAUCAGGAGCACCGCAUCGCUCAGAAUGGCUUUAUGCCUGGCACACCCCUCCGAAUGGAUUCGCCGGGUGCGCUCAAUCGCGCCUUCUAUGGAUUUCCUGGAGAUGGCGAUGCCGAACAGCAGGUCACGGAAGCUGGCCUACGCCAACUCGAUGACGAAGAAGAACACAUCGCGGGUUACCCGGAUCCUUCGCUAUCGGAUGCGGCGGUGCGGCGGAAGAAGAAGGGUCUGCGAGGAUUGUUCUCCAAGCUCGGUAAUGCAGGCCGCGAAGGGGUUAAGGAUGAUUCGAACAGCAAGCGCUCCACGUCAUCUGGAAGUCCGCGUGUUCGUGCUGGGUCGCUCGGCCCGGACGACUCUAUGGACCUCGCACCUCCACCAGGCCUCGCUGGUCUGAUGAAUAGAGCUCGCAGAUCAACGACAUCCUUGAGGAGCUUCACGGAUCGUGAGAACACCAGCGGCGCCACUUCACCUGGCCCAGACCAGAUAUACAAUCACGGAAACGGAAUGGCGAGUCAAGCGAGCUUGGAUCCCGGUCCGUUUGGCGCUAUAUCCUCGCCAUUGCCUUCGCGCAAGGAGCCUCGCAACACUUCCGCUUUGCGAACGUUGAGCAGCUCGCAACAGCUGCCUUCCUUCAUAGGCGAGACUGGCACUGGACAGUCCUCUCGUGGCAACGGGAGCCGAAUUACUUCCGCAACGACUAGGGUGGCGCCGCAAGGAUACGGCGCGCAUGCUGGCAGCAUGCCUGAUGAUCGAUCGAGUGUCAUCUCAUCCAGUCGGGGCUCAUUCAUGAAUAGCACGCCGGCAAUGGCCCCUCUGGAUGGAGGGUUUAAACCCAUAAAUGGGAAUGUGGCACACAGUCGAGUGCCUUCUGGGCCUCCGCAGGACGGAGUCCGCGGCAGCACCCACCAUGCGGUGAAUAAUGGCAUAAGCGGCUCGGAAUCUUUCAGGCAGUCGGCUGGUUCAUCGUACUACCGGGGUCCAAGCCCCGGCACACCCAGCAAUGGCAGCGUGCCUGCAUCCCUUGCCUCGCCCUCAUCUCGCAACUGGACAGACAGCACGUUGGUCAACAGCCCGUUGCUACCGCGUCGACCCCCGCGCUCACCACAGCGCAGAGGGGACGGCUUUGACGAGAAUGCCAGUGUUGCUUCGGAAGAAGACAAUCCUGGCAUGUUUGCACCUGUUGGCUUCCCUGUCGGUACUUAUCUGACUGCCGAAGCGGCUGCGGCAAGCGCUGUUCCAGGCAAAUUUGUGCGACAGCUAGACGUGGACGCCCCUGUUUCAGAAGCCGUUCCGGCAUCGCGGUCAUCGAUGCAGCUUCUGGCAGCCCGAUCGGGGCUGACUGGAGAGAAGGAUAAGGACAAGAGCGUGCGGAAAAGAGUGAUACCCAAGUUUGGGUUCGGACGCAAGAAGUCUUCUGGCACAACGAGGCUGUCCCCCGAUCAAUCGAGCUUGGAUUCCUCACGCGAGCCGCGCAAGUCAAUGACCAUAUCGAAUGUCGCCUCACAGUUCUUGCGUGGAAAGAACAGCCAGAACAACCUCGAUGGGUACCCGCAACAACCGUAUCCGCAGCAUCAGCAGCCGCAGCAACAGCAACAGCAUGCGUACCCGGCAGACCGCCGUGAUGGCGCUUUCCCUGUGUCCAUGUCGAUGGCUGCUAGCCUUGCGGAUUCACCCAUGCGACCCAGUGGCGACAAGCCCGGUGGCGCCGGACGGGUUUUCAGUGAGGAUCGCAAGCGGGUGGUGAGCACCACGAUGGGCGAUCGCGGUGGACUGCCGCCGCGGAGCCAGAGUGCGCUGGGUAUCCUGUCACGUGACCACUUUGGCGCCAAACCGUCAGGGGGGAUUGGAGGCGGCGGUGAAGCAAGAAUGUUGCGCAUCGACAGCGAGAUGAAUGAACUCUGAAGGGUAUCCCUCAGCUUUCACAAACGACCCAGUCUUUC